AAUGGCGGCAGGAGGCAGGCAGCCAUGAAUGUCGGAUCGUGAGCUAGGAGAAGAAUAUGGUUUCAUUACUUGAAUAUAUUUGACGCAUAGUUUUACUUUUAGAACGGACGGCACGGAGUGCAAUGUGAAGGACGAUGCAUUGUGGACAGCCGGACUCGAGGAAGUGAAAAGCCAAACUUCUACAACGACAUUCGAGAAGGCCCAGCCGAUGCAUCCAGUUCUUCGAUUGUUGGCCGCUGCCUCACGUCUUGGUCGGCUCCGCGCCGCAGCCCAGUCCGCGAGCAGCGUGGGUCGCGGUGUAGCUGCGCGUCUGGGCACCAGCGACAUAAACAGCUUCUGGCAGAAAUCCUGUUCGGAGCGCGGCGCGGGGGGAGGGGGGGUGAGCGCGCGGGCGGGCGCGGCGGCGGCGGCGGCGGCGGCGGUGGUGGCAGUCGGGGCUUGCGUCUCUGCGAAGGAAGGACGAAGAGGCACUCAGUGCAGUGCGCAGCGCGGCAGGAACAGGCGACACUCUCUGCUCUCUCGCCAGGUGAACUCGAAACUACAUCAAGAUGCCUAUUCUAGAUUCGUGCUGCGGCUGCGGGUCGCUCAAGACAGGCACCAUUAUCACUGGAGUUCUAGGAGUGGUCAUUGGAAUCGUGACACUGAUUCUUGUCUUAGUCACAGACAUGAAAUUCCAAACUAUCAUCAUUGACACGUUACCUGAAACCGUUGUCAAAAUCAUAUUCGCAAUUAACUUGGUUAUGACGGUAUUAAUAUCACUUCUUCUGAUCGUUGGAGCGAUUAAGCGUAACAAGUUCAUGAUGCUGCCAUGGGUGGCGCUGGCGAUACUGCUAGCAGUCGGUCUUGUCAUUUCCAUCAUCUACACAGCUGUUGUUUGCUUCAUGGACAGCGAAAGGCCAAAUCACGUCCUAAGAGGCUCACUCUGGCUUGCUCUCGGCUUACCUGCCGUAGCCGUCUACGUCUACCUGUGGGUGGUUGUAUACAGCUACUUCCAGUUGCUUAUGGAGGAGGCUGGUCGUGGGAAGUAUGGCAAGCCUUUGCGUCGAUAAGCCCUCUCGUACAUCAUUUUAUAAUAUUUUAUACUGUUGUACCUUUAAUAAAUGUUUGUAAAUAUAUGUAUUAAUAUUUUUGUGGUUUUUAAAAGUUUGUAUGACACAUGUUUGUGAGUAUGAAACAUGGUUGAGAUUAUGAAAGGUCACGUGUGAAUGUUGUAGUGAUACAAUAAAUCUAAAACAAGAAGGGCGAAAAACGAUGAAGAAAUUGUGAAAUCACUUUUUUCAGAGAAAACUAUUAAAUAGCAAUUCUGUUUUGUCACAAUAAUUCUUGGACUGAUUCACGUUACAUUAAGUUAUUUCUUCUGUCUUGUAAUAUUUUAUUAUAAUGUACAAAAAAAUGUAAAAGAAGAAUGUUAACAAGUGAUUGUACUGAAAAAAUUGCAAUAUUUAAUUUUAUAUAUUUGUGUGUAUUAUUUCUAAAACCUUAC